AUGUGUUGUCGAAGAAUAGCUUUUUGGCUUUUGGCUCUUGUUCACUGGGCACAGGCCAACGAUAUAAAUAUUGCUUUCUGGAUUGAUCCCGUUCAAAAGGACAUUUAUGGGGAUAUAAGUUUGGUUUUGAAAGAAGUCGAAAAGUUACAUCUCGAAGGAAAAAUAAAUGAUUUCAUUAUUGUAAUCGAAAGGGAUAAUGACUAUGAAAUAGAAAACGGCGAUGAUGGACAUAUGAAAACAUUUUGCGAUGUACUUUCCUACUCUGGCGUAUCUGUUGUAUUGGACUUCACCUAUGAACCGUGGCAUGAGGGUCUGGAUUUUGUGCAAACCUAUGGCAUUCCGUACUUGAAAGUGGAUAACAUUCUAAAACCUUUUCUACAAAUGUUUGCUAAUUUUUUGCAUCAAAAAAAUGGUGUUGAAGUGGUUAUUAUGACACAAAAUGAACAGGACAAACGGGAAGUGAUACAGGAGAUGAUCGAUGGGUUUAGGCUAAGAACAUUGGUUUUGAAUGCUGGUGAAUCUAAUCAGACGGAUUUUGUAAAAGCCAUAAAAGAUUUGAGGCCAAGUCCUGGAUAUUAUGCCAUAUUUGCAAAAGGAUCCAAUAUGAACACUAUAUUCGACAAGCUCUUUAAAGGAAAUGUUUUUGAAAGACCAGCAGAGUGGCAUUUCGUAUUUUUGGAUACCAGAGAUCGAGUAUUUAAGUUUCGAAAACAAGUGGAGUUUGCCAACAAAUUUACGGUUAAUCCAAGGUCUGUCUGUCGAUCAUUGCGUAUGAAGGAUGCCUAUUGUCAGAGCGGUUUUACGUUUCAACGAGCCUUGCUUCUGGAAAUAUUUCGUGCCUUAAUUGACAUUACCCAAAAAAAUUUUGGUUGGUUGGAACCCAUGCAGAGGGACUGUAAUGGUAGUUACAGUUCUAAAGAACUAGUCGAAGACAACCAAUAUCAGGAGUUUGAUAUAAUCGAUCACUUGAAAGUAACGGAUUUUAUGAUCUUUUCCACUGCUAACAACCCCAAUCAUCUUGAGGAUGAGGUGCAAUUGGCAACUCCUCUGACUUUUGUGGUCAAUGUAAGCAUUAAUAUGUAUUCAAAUGAACACGAGGCCAUUACCGAUUUGGCAGUUUGGCAAAAUGGAGAAUUAAAAAGAAUUAACCAGACCCUUAGUCCAGCAAAACGUUUCUAUCGCAUAGGAACUGCAGAGGCCAUUCCCUGGAGUUAUUAUCGAAAGAACCCCCAAACCGGUGAUCUUCUCCUAGACUCUAAAGGCCAACCUAUAUGGGAGGGCUUUUGCAUCGAUAUGAUUCAAACCUUGUCGGAGAAAUUGAAUUUCGAUUAUGAGAUUGUUCCACCGACCUCAGGAAAAUUUGGUCGCCGUAAUACCACUACCAAUGAAUGGGAUGGCCUUGUGGGCGAUUUGAUAAGAGGUGAGACCGAUUUUGCAGUGGCUGCCCUGAAAAUGUAUUCGGAACGUGAAGAGUAUAUCGAUUUUUUGGCUCCAUAUUUUGAACAAACUGGCAUAACAAUUGUUAUGCGCAAGCCCGUGAAGCAGACUUCGUUGUUUAAAUUUAUGACCGUGUUGCGUGUGGAAGUAUGGAUGAGUGUGCUCGGGGCAAUUGUGUCGACGGCUAUUGUCAUAUGGCUAUUGGACACAUAUUCUCCUUAUAGUGCAAGGAACAAUAAGAAGGCGUAUCCGUAUCCAUGCAGAGAGUUCACAAUACGCGAAAGUUUUUGGUUUGCACUAACCUCCUUCACGCCACAGGGUGGUGGCGAGGCACCCAAAGCCAUAUCAGCUCGCAUUCUAGUGGCUGCCUAUUGGUUAUUUGUGGUACUUAUGUUGGCCACAUUCACGGCAAAUUUGGCUGCAUUUUUAACGGUGGAAAGAAUGCAAACACCAGUACAGUCCUUGGAGCAAUUGGCUCGACAGUCUCGCAUCAAUUACACGGUGGUCCAUGAAUCAGAUACCCAUCAAUAUUUCAUCAAUAUGGAUUUUGCAGAGAAAACCCUAUACAGAAUGUGGAAGGAAUUAUCGUUGAAUGCUUCAAGGGAUUUUCAUAAAUUUCGGGUCUGGGAUUAUCCCAUAAAAGAGCAAUAUGGCAGAAUAUUAAUGGCAAUCAAUAGUUCUAUGCCCGUCAAGGAUGUGGAGGAGGGUUUUCGCAAAGUCAAUGAGCGGGAGAGUGCCGACUAUGCUUUUAUACAUGACUCUUCAGAGAUUAAAUAUGAAAUUACCAGGAAUUGUAAUCUCACCGAAGUUGGUGAGGUAUUUGCGGAACAACCCUAUGCUGUGGCCGUACAACAAGGCUCCCAUUUGGGGGAUCCAAUUGGUUAUGCAAUAUUGGAAUUGCAGAAAGAUCGUUAUUUUGAAGAAUUAAAAGCGAAAUAUUGGAAUCGUUCUCACUCCAACUGUCCGCUAUCGGAAGAAGAGCAAGGCAUUACCUUGGAAAGUUUAGGUGGUGUCUUCAUAGCCACCCUUUGUGGCCUUGGACUGGCUAUGAUUUCUCUGGUCAUUGAAGUCUGUUUCAACAAAAGGAAGGCUAAGAAUUCAAACAUUAGGCAAGUGAAGCCUGUAGAAGAGACCAAGUCCUCACAAGGAAUAUGGCAUAGCCAAGAGGAAAAGAAGCACAAACUUACACCACCACCUCAGUAUGAAGCGGCGACCUUUAGGGGGCGCAAAAUACCUCCCAGCAUUACACUGGGCACAGAAUUUAAGCCUGGACGUUUGGAGUCUCGCCGCCCGUUAACUCAAAAUAAAUCUGAAGAAGAAACAGUAGUACAAGAGCAGUUACCCGAUUAUCUAGAGUAAAUUAAUGAGUUAUCAAGUUAACGUCAGCUUUAAUAGGUGUUUUAGAAUUGCACAUUUUUAUAUUUUUAGAGCACAUUUUUCUUCAAAUUG